AUGUCUGCAACUAUAUUCAAUCAACAAACUAAUUCUCCUAGUGUAAUACGUCGAACACCAAUGUCUAACGAAGAUACUAGCAAUAAUUCACAACGUGCUGCUAAUCGACGUAGCUUAAGUGAUAAACUUCGAAAUUUAUUUCGUAAGGAUUCUACAUCACCAAAUCGUUCAGCUAGUAACGAUAGACGUCCGGUAACAAAACCGGUGCGUCAAACUUCGCCAUCGCCUGAAGCACCCGGCCUACAAGCACCAACGGUCCACUGGCCAUUCAGCAAAAAGAAAGCGAAAGUAGCAGCAACGACAAGUACAUCUACAACUAACAAAAAAAAGACAAAAGAUGGCCGAAAGACAAAACAAACUCCAGCAACAUCUAUGGAAAUAUCAAGUCCAAUCUAUGUUCAAGAUAAUCGAACAGCAAUAUAUGGUCAAAAUUUUGUUCCUCGAACUCCAGAACUUGUACAUGGCAGUUAUGAAGGAAUACAAACAUCAACAAAUUACGAUGGUAAAACAACAAUAGAGCCUCGUAAUUAUACAGUGGUAGAUGAAACUCGACAAUAUCAACAAGUAGUUGCACCUGAUGUCGACGUUUUUAUACCUUCAACAUAUACAUCUAACCGUAGUCCUUCGCCACCAAUGAAUCGUCAACGUUUACCAAAUUCAAAUAGUGAGUAUCGCUAUCAAAACGAUAGUGUACUGCCAUCAAUUAAAAUUCCAUUGGCAGACGUUGAAGUUAUGCAUACACCUCAACGAAAACGUAAAGUAGGGGAUACUCCACCAUUGAUGAGCACUCCAAGAUUAGCUGAAAAACCUCCCGUUUUCCCUCAAACAUCAUCUCGGCCCCCAUCAACAUAUAAUAAUAAUAAUAAUAUUAAUAUGGAUACACGUGCGGCAAGAUCAACAUCGAAAGAUAACGAUGCUCCGAAAUUGAAUGCUCCUUCGAUAAGUCUUGGCAGUACACCAAAUAAGAAAAAAACGAAACGUACAAAAUCGCAAUCGCGUGCUGAUGAAAUAAAUGGAUCAUCAUCAACUAUUAGUAAUCUGGUAAGAAUAAAUCCUGUACAACCAAAUCGAGCAUGGUCUAGUACAUAUGGAUCCUUACCUGAUGCUGAAAUUAUUCCGGAUAAUGGUUUUAAUUCAUUCAAACCAUCUAAAAACACCUCAAACAAAUAUCCCGGAUUGAGUGCUAUUGUUUGGCAUCAUAUGCGCCCUGCGCCUAUCUAUCAUCGUGAAAUUCCGCCUAUAACAACAACAACAACAACUCCUAAACGAACACGACGUUUCGAGACAUCAACUACUACAUUGAAUGAAUAUGGCCAAAAUGAACCAUGGACACAUACGACAGCGAAAGAUACAUCAACAUCAACUUCUAAUCUUCAACGUUAUGACGGUUAUAUUCGACCAAUGUCUCCACAACAACCUAUUGUUUCAGUCGAUAUCAGUGUGAUUCAACUAGAUGCUGAUGACUUACGCGGUGUACCAUCUCCAUCUCCAGUGCGACCAUUACGAUAUGAGUCUCCUGAACCUCCUGGAACUUAUCGUAGUUCAAAAACAAUCUAUACUCGAGACAGGAAACAUGUUGGCUGUGGUGAAAUUCGAACAUGGAGUUCUCAAGAUAUUAACACUAAUGAUAAUCGUCCGGAUAUGUAUAAAAAACCAUAUUCGUUUGUUGAAGCUGAACGUACAAGUGAAAAAAGAAAAGAUGAAUAUGAGCAUCAAGUUGUACCACCAGAAAAGAAAAAUAAUUUUGAUGAAUAUCGGUACAGCCCACGAGCUCAUGAACAAAAUCUUUAUGAAAAACAACAGCAAAUACUUGAUGAUAAUGACCAAGAAAUGGAAGAAGAAAGAUAUGAAGUAUCAUAUGUAUAUGAUGAUCAAAAUCAAUCUACAUAUGCAGCAAAAAAAUAUUAUCAUGAAUCGCAAUCGGCAAACCAAUAUUCUCAUGGUAUUGGUGGUAUUAACAAUUUGGUUUCUUCAAAUCCAAUAGCAAUAAUACAAUCAUCGCCCAUACCCGAACGAGGCCAAACUUAUGAACAGUCGUCUCGUUCAUUUAUGUCUAAUGAAUAUGCACAGGAGUUUCUUUUAAAAGCGGCUCCUGUCGAAAACUCUAAACAAAUUCCAUAUACUUGUACUUUAAAACGUACAGAUUCUUAUGAUGGUCUUGGAAUAUUAAUUUCCACUGAUACUGAAACACGUGCAAAUCAUUUUAUUCGUGAAGUCGAACCCAAUUCUCCUGGUCACAAAGCUGGCUUACGUCCAAAUGAUCGUAUUAUUAGUAUCAACGGUGUUAAUGUUGAGAAUGCUGAUUUUAACAAUGUUCUCAUACUUAUUAAACAAGGCUUAAAUAAUGAUAACCUUCAGUUUUCUGUCAUGCACGAACUGGACUUUAUAUGA